GGGGUUGCUUUCUUUUCAUUCCCUACUUGAAGCUCUCACUCCUCAACACGAACGCGUCACAGAACUACCAUAGCAUCUGAAUGGCUGAAGCAGUGAAAUCAGAAGGAGAAGAACGGGGUGGGUUGUCUCUGAAAGAUCAGGGCAACGAAUUCUUCAAAGCCGGGAACUAUCUCAAAGCCGCUGCUCUUUACACCCAGGCUAUUAAAAAGGAUCCCUCGAACGCUACCCUCUACAGCAACCGAGCUGCAGCAUUUCUACAUUUGGUCAAGCUUACAAAAGCACUUGCUGAUGCUGAGACCACAAUCACAUUGAAUCCUCAGUGGGAAAAGGGCUAUUUCAGGAAAGGAUGCACACUAGAGGCUAUGGAGCGAUAUGAUGAUGCUACUGCUGCUUUCCAAAUAGCUUUGCAGUACAAUCCAAAGAAUACAGAAGUUUCAAGAAAAAUCAAGAGGCUUGCACAAUUGGCAAGAGAAAAAAAACGAGCUCAAGAGGUGGAAAGCAUCCGAUCCAACAUUGAUGUAGGAAAACACUUAGAUUCCUUGAAAUCUGAACUGUCUGAAAAAUAUGGAACUGAAGAAUAUUGGAGAGACAUCUUCUCUUUCCUUGUUGAGACCAUAGAGACUAAUAUAAAAUCAUGGCAUGAGACAUCUAAAGUUGAUGCAAGAGUUCAUUUCCUUCUUGACAAGGAAAAGACACAAACUGAUAAGUAUGCUCCAGUUGUCAAUAUUGAUAAGGCAUUUGAGUCACCCCAUACACAUAGCAGCUGUUUUUCAUUUCUAAGGCAGUAUGCAGAAGAUUCUUUCUCUAGAGCAGCUUGCUUAGUGGCACCUAAAAGUAUUAUAUCUUAUCCACAGGUAUGGAAAGGACAAGGUUCAAGGAAGUGGAGACAUGGGCAAAGUGAUGGUUUCUUUGUCCAAUUUGAGUCGCCUGUUCUGCGGAAGUUGUGGUUUAUUCCUAGUUCAAGUGAAAAGGGGCUCACACUGUGCAGGGACCCUGAGGUUUUGGAUGUCAACGCCCAUGAAGUACUUCCUCGCCUCUUCAAGCAAACAUUCUCUAAUUCUCAAUAGCCUCUUCACUGGUUGGGUCCUAUUAGAGAAAAAUGGCAGGCACCUCUUAAAUGGAAGGCCUUGUAAUAGAAGUUGRAAACAGUAUCAAGUUAUCAAGUUUUUCCUUGUCUCAGUUUCCUGCUUGGAUUUUGAUGGUUUGCAAAGAGUGCCUUUCAGAGAUAUGCACCAACCCAUACCCCAAUGGCAUUGUGAUUUCUGAAUUCCAUGUGAUGGUUUUGUGAGAGGAGCAUCUGGUCCCUGUGGCGUUAGUGUACGGUUAUCAUAGUCUUGUUUCAAGUGUUUUGAUUUCCCUUAUUUUUUCUGUUUGGGGUUGGAUGGAUUUGCCAUCACCUGAGUGCGUAACCUUUAUUCUUGUUUCUGAGACCCUGAGCAACAAGCAUAACUGAUGGUGUGUCAAAUCAUAUUACAAUCAUUACCAAAAAAAUAUCAUAUUACAAUCAUUACCAAAAAAAUAUCAUAUUACAAUCA